AUGAAACUGAAGCAAGGAUCUUUUCUGUGGUACCUCUAUCUGGACAAAAUAUACUGCUUAUUAUCUGUGAGAAAUGUGAGGGCCUUGAUGGAAUAUUUUCACCUUCUUGAUGUGCACCAUAAGAACACCUUGAAUGAUGUGGUGUUCUUUCACUUCCUGAAUCACGUGACAAACUUGACUCGGCCACAGAUCAUGAUGAUAUUUGACAUGCUGGACUGGAAUGCUAUGGGCGAGAUUGGUUUUGACCAGUUCUACAUGUUGGUCUGCAUACUGCUGUCACAUCAGAACCAUUUGGAACAGCAAUUUAUUUAUCGCCAUUCCCGGCCUGUCUUUGAGCUGCUUGACCUGGAUGGGGACCUGAGAAUUGACCUAGAGAACUUCCAGUUGUACAGCUUUCUCUUCAAUAUUAAAAAACAAGAACUUAAUGAGAUCUACCAAAACUUUGAUUUCACAGGUGAUCAUCGUCUUAAUUACAAGGAAUUUAAGCUGUUUACUAUCUUCAAUGUUGACAAAUACCAGAAGAGGCAGAAAGCCGAGAAAGAAAAAGAGGAGAAAUUUCUGCUCAAAAGCAAAGUGUCACAACAAAGUGAUGUGUUCACAAAAAAAGAGCAUUGCUUGGAAAAAAAAAUCUGA